GGCGCCCGGCGCCUCCACCGCCACGUCUGCCGCCUCUACAAGCUGCACAGCAGCCAGCGCUACUGUGGGGUAUGCCUGGGCCUGCUGGCCGGCGCGCACGAUCUCCCCCGUCUGCUGGGCCGUGCCCUGGCCGUGGUCUUUGCUGUGGGUGACCUGGCAGCAGUGGCCCUCAUCAAUCGGGACUUUCUGACUACCUCGGAGGCCGUGCGGUUCUGGACGCCGCUCACCAUCUGCUACACGCUGCUGGUCAUCUACAUGCAGGAGGAGCAGCGGCAGCACCCUGGCCUGCAGAGUCAGGUGCAGACGGUGCUGGUGUGCAUGGGCGGUCUCUUUGUGCUGCUGCUGACUGUGGGCCGCUGGCUGGACCUGCUGGGCAUCCUCGUUUCCCUGCUGGGCGAGCUCUGGUGUCUGGUGGGCGUCCGCACCCUACUUGACCUCUGCCAGAUACAGGACAUUCCAACCCAGAGGCCUUCGGUGUCAACGCCAAGCCAGCCCCUGCCCUCUACACCCCAGCCCCAGAGUUCAGCCUCCUCCUGACCUGCCUCAGGGAGGAUCUGAAGUCUGUCUCAGGCCCACCAGGCUGACCUUUGAGGACUUGACCCCAGGACGAUGCCUGGAGACAGAGUGAUGGGGCUGGCCCCCUGCCCGGAGCUCAGUGCAGGCCCUGGGAGCCCCAAGAAGGGAAGGCAGGAUUUAGGGAUGGGAGACUCUGGAAAGGAGACACCUGAGGGCCCUGGUUGAACUCUCUUUUUCUCAGGGUGGGCAGUGGUGCAGCCGCUCAGACCUGCCUUCCUGGGCAGGGGUGGGGGUGGGGGUGCAUCCUCAGAAGGGCUCCCCCUUUACUGGCUCCCCUUGCCCUCUUCACAAACAAUAAAGACGAUGACUUUCUCAAAAAAAAAAAAAUGAAUGAGCAAAGUCUCCAAGCAAUAUGGGACUAUGUGAAAAGACCUAAUAUACGCUUGAUUGGUGUACCUGAAUGUGACGGAGAGAAUG